AAACACUCAUUGAGACAAAGACCCCUUAUUCACUCUCUCUCUCUCUCUCCUCAACUCUCUCUCUCCAAGUCUCUCAUUCUCUACGCGAUCUCUUUCACUGUCUUUCAAUUGCGAAUAUUUUCACCAAAACCACUACAAAAUCCUUCCCCAUUUCUCACAUUUUCGGUUUUCCGUGUCUCUUCUGAGCCUCACUGGAGGAGCUCCGAACCAGUUCAUCCUGUUUUUCUCCCUCAGAUUUGAGCUCAAAAUUGCACACUGGAUUUUCACUUCAGAUUCAAUGAUUUGAUUAAUUGAAGUUUUUCUUCCAUAAUUUUCAAUAUCUGAUUCCUUUCUCAGUCUAACACUGUUGCUUUUGGAAAUUGUGAAUCUCUUAUGGCUGGAUCAUGGCUUUUAAGAAUCUGUCUACUGAUGUGAAAUGAUAGAUUUUUUAAACUAUUAUCAGUAUCCUUCCAAGAAACCUGCUUGUGAGAUCUCAAUUUAUAAAGUACGAACAUGCCUACAUGGUGGGGAAAAUCAUCAUCAAAAGAAACUAGGAAGAAAGCAGGUAAGGAAAGUAUUAUUGACACAUUGCACCGAAAGUUUAAAUUUCCAUCUGACGGUAAAUUAAGCACUAGAUCUGGAGGAUCUCGAAGACGAAGCAAUGACACAAUUUCAGAGAAAGGGGAUCGGUCUCCAUCCGAAUCAAGAUCUCCUUCACCUUCCAAAGUAGCAAGGUGUCAAAGUUUUGCUGAAAGGCCACAUGCUCAACCACUUCCGCUUCCUGGUAUGCACCCUUCAAGUGUAGGUCGAGUUGAUUCUGAAAUUAGUAUAUCAGCAAAAUCAAGACUGGAAAAGUCCUCCAAGUCAUCGUUGUUUCUCCCACUUCCGAAACCUUCAUGCAUACGCUGCGGGACAAAUCCUGCAGAUUUGGAUGGAGAUAUGGUCAACACUUCAGUCUUCAGUGAUUGCUCUGCUGAUAGUGACGAGCCAGCAGACUCACGCAAUCGUAGUCCUCUGGCAACUGACUCCGAAACUGGGACUAGAACUGCUGCUGGAAGUCCUUCCAGCUUGAUGCUCAAGGAUCAAUCGUCUGCUGCUGUUGCCCAACUGAAUUCCAGAGAAGUGAAAACACCGACAAACAUUCUAAGUAAUCACACAUCUUCUACUUCACCUAAGAGAAGGCCUUUACGACACCAUGUUCCAAAUCUCCAGGUUCCUCCUCACGGUGUCUUCUAUAGUGGUCCCGACAGUUCCUUGUCAAGUCCAUCAAGAAGUCCAUUGAGGGCAUUUGGUACAGAUCAGGUGUUGAAUUCUGCAUUUUGGGCUGGAAAGCCAUAUCCAGAGAUCAAUUUCGUCGGAUCUGGUCACUGCUCUAGUCCAGGUUCCGGUCACAAUUCGGGGCAUAAUUCAAUGGGAGGGGACAUGUCGGGACCAUUAUUUUGGCAACCAAGUAGGGGUAGCCCUGAGUACUCUCCGGUACCUAGUCCUAGAAUGACUAGCCCUGGUCCAAGCUCAAGAAUCCAGAGUGGAGCUGUCACACCUAUUCAUCCUAGGGCAGCGGGAACAUCAACCGAAUCACAAACAGGAUGGGUUGAUGAGGGAAAACAACAGAGUCAUCGCUUGCCUCUCCCUCCUUUAACGGUUACCAAUACCUCACCAUUCUCUCACUCUAAUUCUGCAGCAACAUCUCCAUCUAUGCCAAGAAGUCCAGCUAGAGCAGAUAGUCCAAUGAGCUCUGGUUCACGUUGGAAAAAAGGGAAGCUGCUUGGCAGAGGCACGUUUGGACAUGUCUAUAUUGGCUUCAAUAGUGAAAGUGGUGAAAUGUGUGCAAUGAAGGAGGUUACUAUGUUUACAGAUGAUGCCAAGUCUAUGGAAAGUGCUAAGCAGUUAAUGCAGGAAAUUCAUUUGUUGAGCCGUUUAAGACAUCCAAAUAUUGUGCAGUAUUAUGGUUCUGAAACAGUAGAUGACAAGCUUUACAUAUACCUGGAGUAUGUAUCUGGAGGCUCCAUACAUAAACUUCUUCAAGAAUAUGGGCAAUUUGGUGAACUAGCCAUUCGUAGUUAUACUCAACAAAUUUUGUCGGGGCUUGCUUAUUUACAUGCUAAAAAUACUCUUCACAGGGACAUCAAAGGAGCAAACAUAUUGGUAGAUCCAAAUGGUCGGGUCAAGGUUGCAGACUUUGGCAUGGCAAAACAUAUAACAGGGCAAUACUGUCCUUUGUCAUUCAAAGGAAGUCCUUAUUGGAUGGCUCCUGAGGUUAUAAAGAAUUCCAAGGAAUGCAGCCUUGGUGUGGAUAUAUGGAGUCUUGGAUGCACAGUUUUGGAAAUGGCUACAACUAAGCCUCCUUGGUCUCAGUAUGAAGGGGUUGCUGCCAUGUUCAAAAUUGGUAAUAGCAAGGAGCUCCCAACAAUCCCGGAACAUCUCUCAAAUGAAGGAAAAGAUUUUGUUAGGAAAUGUCUACAACGUAAUCCACGCGAUCGCCCUUCGGCAAGUGAAUUAUUGGACCACCCUUUUGUUAAAGGUGCUGCACCUUUGGAAAGACCUAUCAUGGUUCCCGAAGCUUCAGACCCUAUUUCUGGAAUUACACACGGAACAAAAGCUCUGGGCAUUGGACAAGGAAGAAAUCUGUCUGCUUUGGAUACAGAUAAACUCUUCAUUCAUUCUUCCAGGGUUUUGAAAAGUAAUCCUAAUGAAAGUGAAACCCACAUUCAAAGGAAUAUAUCUUGCCCAGUCUCUCCCAUUGGAAGCCCACUUUUGAGGUCAAGAUCACCACAUCAGAGAAGUGGGAGAUUGUCUCCUUCUCCUAUAUCUAGCCCUCGGACUGCUUCUGGUGCAUCCACACCUCUCACUGGCGGCGGCAGUGGUGCCAUUCCGUUCAGUAAUCACUUAAAACAGUCCGUUUACUUUCAAGAGUGUCUUGGAAGCAUGCCAAAAUCCUCAAACUACAUUAACGGCUCCUCUCACCAUGACAAUAUCGAUAUUUUUCGAGGAAUGCAAAUCGGGUCUCACAUUAAAUCAGAACUCGUUUCCCCCGAAAACGAUGCACUCGCACAGUUUAUAAGGUCUCCUCAUCCAGAGCCAUAUGACUUUCAAUCAGUCUUGGCUGAUCGUGUUGGCCGGCAGCUGCUGGGAGAUCAUGUUAAGAUUAACCCAUCAUUUGAUCCAAAUCCCAGCUCGUCUUUGCUCAACCGAACUAAUGGUUUAUGACAUCAGGAAUCUUCUACGGCCACUAAUCUAAUCAGCUUUUGAAGUUUCCGAGCUUACCCUUCCGUUACACAGAUCCGUUCAUUGUUAUAUUUGUAAGGAUAUAAUAAUACAAUAAGGAGCCAAAGCACAAGAGUAUCUGUGUAAAUAAAAUUGCAUAGUCUUGUAUGAGGCACAGAAGUGCAUUUUUCAUGGCUUCAGGCUUGGGCUUAUGGAGUUAAAUCCUUGCAUAAUCAAGUGCCAAACAAUGUCACAACAAGAAUCCUUUCCUCCUAAGAAUCUGAGGGUUAAGACAAAACACGAAACUUUCUGAUUUCAAGCAAAUGCUGACUUGUUGGGCAGGAGGAAUUUGUUUUUGCAUGCUAAUUUUCAAGAUGCAGCAUCAAUCAACAUUUGAGAAGCAAGGAGCAUAUAUUUUUCUCAUGUGCGAAAGAUACUAGGAAUGACAGAGUUAAACGCAAUGAAUGACAAAUGCGAUUUUUUGGAACACCAUAUAAUGUCAGAAAAAGGAGAUGAAAUGACACUACUUUUAACAUGUAGACUAUUUUUUUUGGGAGGUAAGACAUUGUUGUACAGAAGAUGGAAACUUUAUUGGUGGCAAGUCUAGAAUUGGUAGAAGCUCAUGCAUUUUAUAUUUAAUUGCUGGCUCAAUUGUAUGUUACUGUUAUUGUAUCUUUUCUGUACAUUUCAACUGUAAAAUUGAAGAAAUAUGAUCUUGUGAUCCUCUCAUUGGUUUAAUGUAUUUGUUUGUUCCAAA